AUGUACGUGAACAAGAUCCGGUCUGCAUUGCCACACGGGCCAGACACAAAAAGACAUCUGACGAUCCUGGUCGGCGCGGGGGCUUCAAUAGGUGCCGUUCAAGCGAGUGAGCUCACUACCAGCGUCAGCGAGACCGACAAACAGAAGACCCUCAGCGGACUGAGCUGGGCGGGGCUUCUCCUUGAUGGCCUCCUCGGUAGGUCGAUUCAGGACUAUAUGAAGCUGAACAAGGACGAAGGCAUGGAGCCUGUGCUGUUGGCAUGUCGCGUAGCGGACCCCAAUGUACUCCCCAUACUUUCGACCUUCCGAAUGUCUUACCAGAGACUAUUCUCGAAUGCGCAAACGCUGCUCAGAAUCCUCGCUUUGAUCGGCCUCGGGGGUGUCAGCGACGAUUUCUUACAACGGCCUGCAAACACGUACCCACUGGAAAGUUCGCUGGAAGGCUAUUUGGUCCAUGACUACCCCGACACCCUCUCACUGCAGGACCUUUCUUCUCUCCUGAGCAGAUCCCAUCGUCGUGAGGUUGCUAUUGAUUCUCUGGUGGAAGUCGCCCAGCUGCAGCGGGUCGAUACCGGACUGAUAAUGCACCCUAUGCAGUUGGAAUGUCUCAAAGCCACUUGCUUGGAGCCGGCUCGGGACAACCUCUCUCUUCUUGUCUUGACCAUGAUUGCGAACCUUUUUGCGAGUAUGACCGAUCGGGAAUUUGUCCUCCAGAGAAGCUACGUAUAUUACGCCCGGACAUGCAUCGAGAUCCUCUCCAAGUCUUACACCGAGACACCCGAUGAAGGGACACUGGCCAGGUUGUGCUUCUAUCUGGGCCGGGUCUUCUGGCUCGUCCGGGACGACGUGGCGGCUACUUAUUUGUAUGAACGCGCCCUGGCAGGAAGUCUGGCGUCGUUGCAACAACCCCACAUCUUGACUUUCUGGGCUCGAAAGAAUCUUGGGUUGAUUUAUAUGGAGCACGGUUUUUUCGAGAGCGCCUAUAGGCAAUUGAAAGACGCGUCAAGCUCCAUCCUGCCUGUGAGCUUUGAGAGAGAUCCACUUCCUGAAGCCAUCCUUGUCAGCAAUGCCGGACGUGUAGCGAAAGACAAAAUAAGAUCUUCACCACACGGGACGACACCAGCCGUGGACUCUUUUCUCGCUUCUUUCCAGGCCGGAUCCCAGGCAACUGCAUAUGGAUUAUUGAUGUCCAGCAUUGACGGAAAUGUCGAGCAAGCAAUGGCACGAAACAUGCUCUGGACAACAGAGCCAUCGCUCCCUAUCAGCCGCAUGUACGAUCCGGGUUGCCGAUUCUGUCAUGGGGACGAAACAAGGUUGCUGGAUCGGGUGAAGGGCAUGUUCCGAGACUCGGAACGUCUCAACCUUGGAAGAUCACUGUUGGCGGUUGAGGUUUACUUGCAAGCAACGUAUCGCAUCUUACUGGGAGAUCUUUCCGGAGCUGCUUCGUUGUGCAAUCGUGCUGCUAGCAGCUAUUGGAAAAGGAAUGCGGCACAUACGGUUCCCUCCUAUAGCUGGGCCCGAAGGGUGCUCCAAGUCGCCACUUACGGUGUUCAUAAGCGUGAAUUCGAGACUUUUUGGGGCACUGUUUCGCCUGCCUCGGCAAAUCUAAGUGAGAUGUUGCUUGAGUGCAAGAUGAGAAAGGACCCAUUUGUCGGAGGUUUUGUCACGCAUUCGUGGAACGGUUUGAUAGAACCUAGCUCUGCGAAAGGCCUUGCAGCGCUUGUAGACGAGUUCAUCCACCGUGGCACAUUUCUCGGGGAGCUCACACCCUUGUGGAACCAUUGCCAAUGGUCGAGCUCAUCUUUCCGGACAGGCUCGGCCCCAGUAGCAGACUACGAGUCAGAAGAGGCCAUCGAUGCCUCCUACUUUUACAUGAUAUUCAUCCUGGCAAAUUUGCUUUUAGGACAAAGUCAUCGCGCACUGGAAAUCUUUUGUGAGGUGAAUGAAAGGAUGAGCGCGUUCUAG